GAUAUUUGAUUGAUAAUUAAUUAAGAACAAGCAGCCAAUGGAGAACAAAGCAAGAGAAUAGAUGAAAUGGAAAGCGGCAAGUUAAAACGCAGAUGCAGCUGCGACAUGAAUUUUAAAGAAUUGACGGGCGCGGCAUAAAAUCGAUGCAACGAUAAAUAAAAAUAUAGCUGAAUGAGGGCGCGUUGCACCGCAGACUUUGCUGCAGCUUUCCAGAAUGAAUGAUCACUCCCCACAGUGCCGUCAAGCAGAGAGAGAAGCAAGCGAGGUUUAGUCUUAAAUUCUCGGGUGGUGGAUUUGUUAGACAUGAAUAUAUUCACAGCAGCAGCAGCAGCACGAGCACGCAGAACGGGGACGUCGUUACAACCUGUUUUUUCCGCCUCUAGGGUCAACAAUAAAAGAUGCGGUUGCAGCAAGGUUCGCGAGAAGAUGAUAGGGAUAAAAUAUCAAAAUAAAGCUACCCCUGUCAUUUACGCACAUCACAUGGAUAGAUCAACUGAAUCACACGGUUCCGCAUGAAAUAAAAGAAGAGAGCACCUAAAAGGGAGGGGGCGGGAUCAGGGGAAUGAUGACGGGGGGUUGGGUGGUGGGGGGCCUAUAAAGAAGGCAGGGAAGAACGCAGGAGCAAACACCCAACCCGAACGAUCCAAUUGUUGGCGCGGAUGGGAAUGAUGAGGCGGCGGCGGGCUUUGAAUUUGAUAGGCUUUUUGGUGGUGGUUCUGGCCGUGGUGGGGGCAGCAGGGGCAAGGCCCAGGCCCAGGCCCAGGGCGUUCUUCGUGUUUGGAGAUUCACUGGUUGACAGCGGCAACAACAAUUACUUGGCCACCUCUGCGCGUGCCGACUCCCCUCCUUACGGAAUUGACUAUCCCACUCGCAGGCCCACUGGCCGCUUCUCUAACGGCCUCAACAUCCCUGAUCUCAUCAGCCAGCAACUUGGUGCCGAGUCAGCUUUGCCCUACCUGAGCCCCCGGCUGAGAGGGGACCAACUCCUCGUGGGUGCCAACUUCGCUUCUGCUGGAAUUGGCAUCCUCAACGACACUGGCGUUCAGUUUGUGCGUGUCUUUUACUGUUUGGAUUGUAUUGAAAUUAAUCAUGCAUUAUUAUAUUGUUUUCAAAUUUUGCAGCUCAACAUAAUAAGAAUGUAUAGACAGCUAGAGUACUUCAAAGAAUACCAGCGACGACUGGGCGCGCUGGUUGGAGCAGAGCGAGCAAGAACGCUGGUGAACCAAGCAUUGGUGCUCGUCACGGUCGGCGGAAAUGACUUCGUUAACAACUACUACUUGGUGCCAUAUUCUGCGAGGGCCCGCCGGUAUUCUGUGCCCGAUUACGUCAAGUUUCUCAUCAUCGAGUUCCGCAAACUUCUGCAGAGGCUUUAUGAUCUGGGAGCGCGCAGGGUUUUAGUGACGGGCACGGGACCCAUGGGUUGCGUCCCCGCAGAACUGGCAAUGCGGUCGACCAAUGGGGGUUGUUCCGCCGAACUGCAACGAGCUGCUGCCUUGUACAACCCUCAACUCGAGCACAUGCUUCGUGGACUGAACCAGAAGCUUGGCAGGCAUGUCUUCAUCGCCGUAAAUACUGCUCGAAUGCACAAUGACUUCAUUUCUAACCCUGCAGCGUUUGGGUUUAUCACCUCUAAAAUAGCUUGCUGCGGUCAAGGACCCUACAAUGGGCUUGGGUUGUGCACGCCGCUCUCCAACUUGUGCCCCGACCGGAGCUUGUAUGCGUUUUGGGAUCCAUUCCAUCCCUCCGAAAAGGCUAAUAGACUUAUUGUGCGGCAGAUCAUGACUGGCUCUACCGUAUACAUGAACCCUUUCAACCUCUCUACCAUCUUCGCUUUGGAUGCGAUCCCCUAGCAUCCAUGCCCGUUCCCUGUCAUUCUUGUUUUCCUCGUGUAAUUCCACGCAUUCUUCUCGGCAAAUUAAAUAAUAUAAUUCACGUCUUUCCCUAUUUCCA